AUGGAAGCGGUAAUAUUUGAUUUUAACGGAACUCUUUUCUCAGAUACAGACAAACACAAGUAUGCAUGGAAACUAUUAUCCGAAAAAAUGAGGGGUUACCCUUUAACUGAUGAAGAAUUUAUGAAAUUAACAGGGCGCACAAAUGUUCAAUUAGUAGAACAUAUUUAUGGACAUUCAGUUGAUGUUUCUGAGGCAAAUCGUAUUGGACUUGAAAAAGAAGCAUUUUAUCGUGAAUUAGUACUAAAAGAUAAGGAGAAUGCUCAUUUAGCUCCUGGAUCAAUAGACCUUAUAAACUACCUAAGAGAACACAAAGUUCCUUAUACAAUUGCUACUUCUUCUGAUGAAACAAAUGUGAAUUUCUAUAUUGACUUCUUUAAAUUGAAAGAUUAUUUCGAUAUUGAUAAAAUCGUAUAUGAUCAAGGACAAUUUCCUGGCAAACCAGCUCCAGAUAUUUACAUCCUUGGUGCAAAAACUCUUGGCAUUGAUCCUUCCAAGUGCAUAGUAUUCGAAGAUGCUGCAGCUGGAAUUAAAUCUGCGCAUGAUGCAGGAAUUGGUCAGAUUUAUGCACUUGUUACACCUGAUUCAAAAGAUCGUUUGAAGAACUUACCAGGAGUUACAGGAAUUAUUGAAGACUUCACCCAGUUUGAUCGGUCUGUCUUGAAAAUUAAUCAAAAAUGA